AAAACAGAAAAAGCAGAAGACGGAUCACGUUGAGUCCAGAGACACAGAGACAGCGCAGAGCAACAGCAGCUGCGGAUAAACCAAUCAGAAAACCCGAGUCAGAGUUCCAGAGCCGACUCAGUUGAGUGAGAGAAUGAGAGAUGCUUCUAGUGCAGAAGCAGCAUCAGCAGCAAGAUAACGAUGCAAGGACUCCAUCACCAACAGCAGCAACUCGCGGCGCUUCUCUCCGUCGCCAUCCCCAAGGACGAUUCCGCCUCCGCCUCCGCCCCAUCCUCUAACUCCGACGACGAUGACUCCGCUCGACUCACCGCCAUCAAUUCGCUCCACCGCGCCGUCCUCUACCCGCCCAACUCCGUCCUCGUUUCUCACUCCGCCAAUUUCCUCGCCCAGGGCUUCUCUCAGCUACUCUCCGAUAAAUCGUAUGUAGUGAGGCAAGGGGCGGCUGUAGCAUACGGGGCUCUUUGUGCUGUGGUUUGUUCGAUCCCUAUAACAUCAAAUGGAAGACAAAACCAUGUUAUGCUCGGAAGCUUGGUUGACCAGUUCAUUGGUUGGGCAUUGCCGUUGCUUAGUAAUGGUGGUGCUGGAGAUGGGACCAUGGAACUAUCAUUGGAUAGCCUACGGGAGUUUCUCAAUGUUGGGGAUGUUGGUGGGAUCGAGAGAUAUGUUUUAUCAAUUCUCAAAGCAUGCCAAGUACUUCUGGAGGAUGAGAGAACCUCCUUGAGUUUGUUACAUCGGCUUUUGGGUGUUUUGACUUUGAUUUCGUUAAAAUUUUCUAGAUGCUUCCAGCCUCAUUUUCUUGACAUAGUUGAUCUGCUUCUUGGCUGGGCAUUGGUACCAGACCUUGCUGAAUCGGAUAGACGAAUUAUAAUGGAUAGUUUCUUGCAGUUUCAGAGUCAUUGGGUGGGUAAUUUGCAGUUUUCUCUUGGACUGCUGUCAAAAUUUCUAGGUGACAUGGAUGUUUUGCUUCAGGAUGUAAGUCAUGGGACCCCACAACAAUUCCGAAGGUUGCUUGCAUUGCUUUCUUGCUUUUCAACAAUUUUGCAGUCCACUGCUUCUGGGUUGCUGGAAAUGAAUUUACUUGAACAAAUCACUGAACCCCUUAACAGAAUUGUUCCUAGGUUAUUGGGAUGUUUAUCUAUGGUCGGAAGGAAGUUUGGGUGGUUCGAAUGGAUUGGGAAUUUAUGGAAGUGUUUGACUCUUUUGGCAGAAAUACUUUGUGAAAGGUUUUCCACCUUUUAUGCUCUUGCAGUUGAUAUUUUAUUUCAAAGUUUGGAAUUGGACAAUACUAGCCAACCAAUGGGAACUGGAAGAAUUACCUCUGUUCAAGUUCAUGGAGUUUUGAAAACUAAUCUCCAAUUACUAUCUUUGCAAAAGUUUGGCCUUUUGCGGUUAUCUGUGCAGAAAAUACUGCAAUUUGAUGCUCCAAUAUCACAGCUGCGUUUGCAUCCUAAUCACCUUGUAACUGGCAGUUCUGCUGCCACUUAUAUUUUCUUGCUUCAACAUGCGAAUAAUGAAGUUGUUGAACAGGCAGUUACGUCGUUAACAGAGGAGCUAGAGUUGUUGAAGGGCAUGCUAAAGAAAGCCAUGGGCAAUGGAGAUGGGUUUGUUGCAUGCUCUAAAUUCUUUUCAAAACUUGAAUUGUUUGCAUUGAUUAAAUUUGAUUUGAAAGUUUUGUUGACAUCUGUUUUCUUGGGCGGGGAUAAUAGUUUGAAUAGUCAACCAGACAUUGCAAGCCUGUAUCUUAUGCGGUCAGAAAAGUUAUUGAAUUUUAUUAUGGAGAAAUUUAAUCCUUUUGACUUACCAAUUCUGGCAUAUGUGGAUUUGCAAGUCAAUGUUAUUAAGACAUUGGACAGGCUAACAACAGUUAAGUUCUUAAGCAAGUGUGCAGUUACAUACCAUAGCAGUGGGAAAUCAUCUACAUUUGCUACUGCUGAUAAAUUUCUUAAUAGUAAGUACUUGACUAAUGAACAGUCAGUUGUGGUUGUUGAGAAUCUGAGGAAGUAUGGUGCGUUUUUUGUGAAAGCUCUCCAUGUUUCUUCUCCUCUUGCAGUUAAAACAGUUGCGCUAGAUUGGGUUCAAAGAAUCUGUGAGAAUGUUAUUGCUUAUAAUGAGAAAUCAAACAUAGAAACUCAUUUCUAUGAAGUGUAUGGCAAUAUUAAGAUUAUUGGGAGUAUGCUUUUCUCAAUUUUGGAUGCCGCAUCUGACAGGGAACCAAAAGUGAGGUCACAUGUUGCAUUAGUAUUGGAGUUAUUAAUGCAGGCAAGGAUUGUACAUCCUCUUUACUUUUCUUGCAUGGCUGAAGUGGUCUUAGGAAAACUUGGUGAUCCAGAUGGUGAAAUAAAAAAUGCAUUCGUUAGGCUGCUUUCUAUUGUUGUGCCUACAACACUGUAUGCAUGUGGGAUUCAUGAUUAUGGGACAUCUACUUCAUCUAGGGCUGUUGUUCUUUGGUUAGGCAACAGUUCUAACUUGCACUGGAAGCAAGUAUUUUCCUUGAAGCAGCUCCCCCAGCAACUUCACUCGCAACAACUUGUUACCAUAUUGAGUUACAUAUCCCAAAGGUGGAAGGUGCCUCUUUCUUCUUGGAUUCAACGACUUAUUCAUAGUUGUCGAAUUUCAAAAGAUUUUGUUUCAAGUCAACUUGAGGAAACUGGAAAAUCUGGUGCCACUGGUGUAUGGCUGGACUUUAAAAUGGAUGAAGAUUUUCUUGAAAAGCAUUGCUCAAUUAAUAAUCUGGCUGGUGUUUGGUGGGCUGUACAUGAAGCUGCCAGGUAUUGUAUUACCACGCGCCUUCGGACUAACCUUGGUGGGCCUACCCAGACCUUUGCAGCCUUAGAGCGAAUGCUUUUGGAUGUUGCACACCUGCUGCAGCUUGACAGUGAGCAAAAUGAUGGGAACUUAAGUAUGAUAGGGUCUUCUGGUGCUCAUUUGUUACCAAUGAGGUUACUAUUUGAUUUCGUUGAGGCACUGAAGAAAAAUGUAUACAAUGCAUAUGAGGGGUCUGCUGUUCUGCCGUCUGCUAGUCGCUCGAGUUCCUUAUUCUUUCGAGCCAACAAGAAAGUUUGUGAAGAGUGGUUUUCUCGUAUAUGUGAGCCAAUGAUGAAUGCUGGAUUAGCUCUACAAUGCCAUGAUGCCACAUUUCAGUAUUGUGCUCUGCGUUUACAGGAGCUCAGGAAUCUUGUGGCUUCUGCUUUGAAUGAAAAGUCUAGGGCACAGGUAACUGAGAACCUCCAGAAUAUCAGGGGCAGGUUUUCUGCAGACAUCUUGAGGGUUUUACGGAACAUGGCAUUGGCUUUGUGUAAGACUCACGAAUCAGAGGCUUUAAUUGGCCUUGAAAAAUGGGUUUCAAUGACAUUCUCUCCCUUUCUUGUGGAGGAAAACCAGUCCCUCAGUAACAGUGGGAUGCUGGGACCCUCUACGUGGAUCACUGGGCUUGUAUAUCAGGCAGAAGGUAAAUAUGAAAAGGCUGCUGCACACUUUAUUCACUUGCUACAAAAUGAGGAGUUGUUGAGUUCCUUGGGUUCGGAUGGUGUACAGUUUGUCAUUGCACGCAUCAUUGAGUGUUAUAAUUCUGUUUGUGAUUGGAAAUCUUUAGAGUCCUGGUUAUUAGAGUUGCAAACACUUCGUGCUAAGCAUGCUGGUAAGAGUUAUUGUGGUGCUCUGACGACAACUGGGAAUGAAAUCAAUGCAAUUCAUGCCUUGGCACGGUAUGAUGAGGGUGAAUUUCAGGCAGCAUGGACAUGCCUUGGUUUGACACCUAAAAGUAGCAGUGAGCUCACACUUGAUCCAAAACUGGCCUUGCAAAGAAGUGAGCAGAUGCUUUUACAGGCAAUGCUUCUUCAGAAUGAGGGAAAGGAAGAUAAUAUCCCCCAUGAAUUACAGAAGGCCAGGUCAAUGCUGGAGGAAACGGUGUCUAUUUUGCCGCUUGAAGGGUUAGAAGAGGCAGCACCACAUGCUACCCAGUUGCACUGCAUCUUUGCAUUUGAGGAAUUUUUCAAGAUUAAAGGCAACCAAGACAAACCCAGGCAACUUCAGUCAAUAUUAAGUUCAUAUGUCCAACUUAUGCAGCCACAAAUAGGCAGGGUCCAUCUGGACUGUAACCCUUGGUUAAAAGUUCUUCGAGUUUAUCAAACCAUUUCCCCAGUUUCUCUAGCUACUUUAAAGCUCUCUAUGAAUUUGUUGAGCUUGGCCCGCAAACAAAAAAACCUACUGUUGGCUAACCGUCUGAACAACUUUCUUAAAGAUCAUAUAUCGCGUUGCUCCGGGGAAAGCAACCAUGACUUUCUCAUCUCAUAUUUGCAGUAUGAGGGGAUCCUGCUAAUGCAUGCUGAAAACAAGUUUGAAGAUUCUUUAACGAACCUUUGGUCUUUUGUGCGUCCUUGCAUGAUUUCUUCACCAUCUAUAGGUUCUGAUGCUGACAAUGGUAUUCUGAAGGCUAAGGCAUGCUUGAAACUCUCAAAUUGGCUUAAACAGAACUAUUCAGAUUCAAGGGUAGAUGACAUUGUUCUUAAUAUGCGGUCAGACUUUGAUAUGACUGAUUCCUCUUCUCCUGGCAGAGUUAGUGCCUCACUUGGCAAUGAGAUUCUAAGCUCUAAAACACGUUUAGGUCCUAUUAUUGAGGAGAUUGUGGGCACAGCUACAAAACUGUCUACUCAACUCUGCCCCACUAUGGGCAAAUCCUGGAUUUCUUAUGCGUCGUGGUGUUUUAGUCAGGCCAGAGACUCUCUCUUAACGCCAGAUGAAAAUACCCUUCACUCAUGCUCAUUUUCUCCCAUCCUUGCUCAUGAAGUUCUCCCUGAGAGAUUCAAGCUAACUGAAAAUGAGAUCGUAAAAGUAGAAUCUUUGAUUUUACAGCUCUUCCAGAAUAAGGAUGACAGGUUUAGAGCUGAGGGAGAGUGGAACUCUUCUCUUGAUUCUUCUGAACUGAGAAACGACAACCCUGUGAUGGCUUUGGUGCAGCAAGUAGUGAAUAUUAUUGAAGCUGUUUCUGGGGCACCUGGUGCAGAAAUUUCUAGUGAUGAUUGCCUUUCUGCUACUCUAGCUUCUCAAUUGAAGAUCUUUCUUCGUGGAAACUUUGGCCUAAAUGAAACUGCUUUAAUUUCUGUAGUUGAUGAGUUAGUUGUUGUUUGGUGGUCCUUAAGGAGGAGAAGAGUGUCACUAUUUGGGCAUGCAGCUCAUGGCUUUAUAAAGUAUCUUUCAAAUUCAUCUGCAAAAAUUUGCAAUAGUGGCUUGUUUGAAUCUGAUUCUGAGUCUCUGAAGCAAAAAACAGGCAGCUAUACUUUGAGGGCUACAUUGUAUGUCUUACAUAUUCUCCUCAAAUAUGGAGCUGAGUUGAGAGAUGUACUUGAACCUGCUCUUUCAACUGUUCCUUUGUCCCCAUGGCAGGAAGUAACACCCCAAUUGUUUGCACGGUUAAGUUCUCAUCCCGAGCAAGUGGUUCGGAAGCAGUUGGAGGGCUUACUGAUGAUGCUGGCCAAGCAAUCUCCCUGGUCCAUUGUCUACCCAACACUAGUCGAUGUGGAUGCUUAUGAGGAGAAGCCUUCAGAGGAGCUUCAGCACAUACUUGGUUGUCUGAGUGAAAUAUACCCAAGAUUGAUUCAGGAUGUUCAGCUUGUGAUAAAUGAGCUGGGAAACGUUACUGUUCUUUGGGAGGAGCUAUGGCUCAGCACCCUUCAAGAUCUUCACACAGAUGUGAUGAGGCGCAUAAACGUGUUAAAGGAGGAAGCUGCACGAAUUGCAGAAAAUGUUACUCUUAGCCAGAGUGAGAAAAACAAGAUAAAUGCUGCUAAAUAUUCAGCUAUGAUGGCUCCUAUUGUUGUGUCCUUGGAACGUCGUCUGGCUUCUACAUCUCGGAAACCUGAAACUCCUCAUGAAGUAUGGUUCCACGAGGAGUAUAAAGAUCGGUUGAAAUCAGCCAUCACAGCCUUCAAGACUCCUCCAGCAUCCGCUGCAGCACUUGGAGAUGCAUGGCGUCCAUUUGAUAACAUUGCUUCAUCCUUAGCAUCUUAUCAGAGGAAGUUAUCAAUUCCUUUAAGUGAAGUUGCACCACAAUUGGCUCUACUGUCAUCGUCUGAUGUUCCAAUGCCUGGUCUUGAGAAGCAAGACACAGUCUCUGAAUCUGACAGAGCUCUCAGUGCUAAUCUCCAAGGAAUUAUCACCAUUGCAUCUUUCUCUGAGGAAGUGACUAUCAUAUCAACCAAGACUAAACCUAAGAAACUCGUUAUUCUUGGUUCAGAUGGUCAAAAGUACAUGUAUCUUUUGAAAGGCAGGGAAGAUCUCCGCCUUGACGCUAGAAUAAUGCAGCUCUUGCAAGCUAUAAAUGGUUUCCUGCAUACAUCUCUUGCAACUCACAGCCACUUUCUUGGUAUUCGCUAUUAUUCUGUGACUCCAAUUAGUGGCCGUGCUGGUCUCAUCCAGUGGGUAGAUAAUGUAAUUAGCAUAUACAGCGUCUUUAAGUCUUGGCAAAGCCGCAUCCAACUAGCUCAGCUCUCAGCAGUGGGUGGUGGCAGUUCAAAAAGUCCUGUUCCUCCAGCUGUUCCCCGACCCAGUGACAUGUUCUAUGGUAAAAUCAUACCAGCACUCAAAGAGAAAGGUAUAAGGAGAGUAAUUUCACGAAGAGACUGGCCUCAUGAGGUGAAGCGUAAAGUUCUUUUAGAACUUAUGAAGGAGACUCCUAGACAGCUUCUUCAUCAAGAACUUUGGUGUGCUAGUGAAGGAUUCAAAGCCUUCAGUUCAAAACAGAAGAGGUUUUCUGGAAGUGUUGCUGCCAUGAGCAUGGUGGGCCACAUUCUUGGCCUUGGGGAUAGACACUUGGAUAAUAUUCUAAUGGAUUUUUGUAGUGGUGAUGUAGUCCAUAUUGAUUACAAUGUCUGUUUUGAUAAAGGGCAAAGACUAAAAAUUCCAGAAAUUGUUCCCUUCCGCCUUACACAGACCAUUGAAGCAGCAUUAGGGAUGACGGGGAUAGAAGGUACCUUUAGGUCAAACUGUGAAGCAGUUAUUGGUGUUUUGAGGAAGAACAAAGACAUACUCUUGAUGUUACUGGAAGUGUUUGUUUGGGACCCGCUUGUGGAAUGGACACGGGGAGAUUUUCAUGAUGCUGCUGCAAUUGGUGGUGAAGAGAGGAAGGGCAUGGAGUUGGCUGUCAGUCUCAGUUUAUUUGCAUCUCGUGUACAGGAAAUUCGUGUUCCCUUACAGGAACAUCACGAUCUUUUAUUGGCUACACUACCAGCUGUUGAAUCUGCUCUUGAGAGGUUUGCUGAUGUUCUAAACCAAUAUGAACUUUCAUCUGCACUCUUUUAUCGAGCUGAUCAAGAGAGGUCUAGCCUAAUUCUGCAUGAAACAUCUGCGAGGUCAAUGGUUGCUGAAGCUACUAGUAAUUCAGAGAAAAUUCGUGCAUUGUUUGAAAUCCAGGCUCGAGAAUUUGCUCAGGCAAAGGCCCUGGUUGCUGAGAAAUCUCAAGAGGCAGCAACCUGGAUGGAACAACAUGGGAGCAUCCUUGAUGCUUUACGAGGCAAUUUACUUCAAGAAAUAAAUGCUUUUGUUAAGCUGAGUGGUAUGCAAGAAACAUUGUCUCUUACAUCUGCCGUUCUGGUGGCUGGGGUUCCGCUGACUAUUGUUCCUGAGCCUACACAAACACAAUGCUAUGAUAUAGAUAGGGAAGUCUCUCAACUAGUAUCUGAACUGGAUGAUGGUCUGUCUUCUGCGAUAAAUGCACUUCAAGUAUAUUCUUUGGCUUUGCAAAGAAUUUUACCAUUAAAUUACAUUACAACGAGUGCAAUUCAUGGCUGGGCACAGGUUCUGCAACUAUCUGCCAGUGCUCUUUCCUCUGAUACCCUAUCUCUUGCUAGAAGACAGGGUGCUGAACUUAUUGCCAAACAACAUGGGGAGAAUUUUGAUUCUGUCACACAGAGUCAUGAUGAUCUGUGUCGUAAAGUGAAGAAGUAUACCCUAGAGAUAGAGAAGCUUGAAGAGGAGUAUGCUGAGCUAGCGAACUCUGUUGGCUCAGAGACCGAAUCAAAGGCUAAGGAUCGGCUUCUGUCUUCUUUCAUGAAAUUCAUGCAAUCAGCUGGUCUUGCAAAGAAAGAAGAUGCCAUUGUUUCCAUUCAAUUUGGGCAAUCUAAGAAUGAUGGAAAUGGGACAAAGGAUUCUAGAUUGCGUGGGGAUCUGAAUGAAAAAAGGGAGAAGGUUUUGUUUGUUCUGAACACAGCAUCCAGUUAUAUGUACAAUGAGGUCAAACAUAAGGUGCUCAACAUAAUUAAUGAUUCAAAUAAACGUAGAAAGGCAAAUAACCAGUUACAGAUGGAAUUUGAAACUAUUUUCUGUGGGAUUGAGGAGCAAGUAGAGAAGUGUAUACUUCUAGCAGGCCUUGUUAAUGAACUGCAGCAACUGAUUGGUAGAGAUUUACCUAGUGGUGACACAGAUAAAGGCCGUCCAGGAUAUUAUUCUGAUGGAAAUUGGGCUUCCAUUUUUAAAACCAUUUUACAUUCCUUUAAGAGCUUGAUUGGGCAAAUGACUGAAGCUGUUCUUCCGGAUGUAAUAAGAUCUGCAGUUUCUCUGAAUUCAGAAGUCAUGGAUGCGUUUGGACUAAUCUCACAAAUUCGCGGUUCUAUUGAUACGGUACUUGAGCAACUCAUAGAAGUAGAGAUGGAGAGGGCAUCUUUAGUUGAACUAGAACAGAACUACUUCAUUAAAGUUGGUCUCAUUACUGAGCAGCAGUUGGCUCUUGAAGAAGCUGCUAUGAAAGGUAGGGAUCAUCUCUCAUGGGAAGAGGCAGAGGAGCUUGCUUCCCAAGAAGAAGCUUGUAGGGCACAGCUGGACCAACUCCAUCAAACUUGGAACCAAAGGGACUUGCGAACUUCCUCUCUUAUAAAGAGAGAAUCUAAUAUAAAGAAUGCCCUCGCUGCUUCUGCACAUCAUUUUCAGUCUCUAGUUAGUGUCAAAGAGGAAAGAGAGCUGCAUGUCUCGAAAAGCAAGCUGCUACUGGACAUGCUUGUUAAGCCCUUUUCUGAUUUGGAAUUGAUUGAUAAAGUGCUGUCUUCAUUUGGAGGUUCUUUUACUUCUUACUCAACUGAGAUUCCUAAUUUAGCAGAUUUGAUGAGUGCCGGGUACCCAAUGUCUGAAUAUGUUUGGAAGUUUGGCAGCUUAUUGAGUCAACAUUCUUUCUUUGUUUGGAAAAUUGGUGUUAUUGAUUCUUUUCUGGACUCAUGCCUAAAUGAUGUAGCUUCAUCUGUUGAUCAAACUUUAGGGUUUGACCAGCUCUUCAAUGUUGUUAAGAGAAAGCUUGAAAUACAACUUCAAGAACAUCUUGGUCGAUACCUGAAGGAUCGAGUUGUUCCUAGUUUAUUGGCUAGCAUUGAUAAAGAAAUUGAGCAUCUGAAGCAAUUGACAGAGUUUAUGAAGGAAGCUGCUCUUGAUGAAGUAAAAAGAGAUGUUGGGGCUUUAAAAAGGGUUCAUCUUAUGCUUGAGGAAUUCUGCAAUGCACAUGAAACUGCCAGAGCAGCAAGUUCCGCUGCAUCUCUAAUGAAAAGGCAGGUGAAAGAGCUGAGAGAGGCUCUUUGGAAGACUGGCCUGGAGAUUGUUCAGAUUGAAUGGAUGCAUGAUGUUACUUUGACCCCUUCACACAGUAGCAGGGUCAUGUUUCAGACAUUUCUUGCUGGGGAUGAUAGUUUAUAUCCUAUUGUCUUAACACUUAGCAGACCUAACAUGCGGGAAAGUUUGCAAUCUGCUGUCUCAAAGAUAGCCAGGUCUAUGGAGUCACUGCAAGCUUGUGAACGAACUUCUCUGGCGGCUGAAGGGCAGCUUGAGAGAGCAAUGGGGUGGGCUUGUGGUGGCCCAAACUCCAGUGCAGCUGGAAAUAGUUCAAGUAAGAAUUCUGGAAUUCCUCCCGAAUUUCAUGACCAUCUAAUCAGGCGAAGGCAACUACUAUGGCAAGCUAGGGAAAAGGCAUCAGAUAUUAUUAGAAUUUGCAUGUCUAUAUUGGAGUUUGAAGCAUCAAGAGAUGGUAUUUUCCGAUCUCCCGAAGAGAUGUACCCAUUCAGGACUGGCACUGAUGGCAGAACAUGGCAGCAGGCUUACUUGAAUGCACUUAAAAGAUUGGAUAUUACUUACCAUUCUUUUGCUUGCACUGAACAAGAAUGGAAGCUUGCACAAAGCACCGUGGAAACUGCUUCCAGUGGAUUGUCUUCUGCAACCAAAGAACUUAGUAUUGCCACUCUCAAAGCAAAGUCCGCUUCAGGUGAUUUACAAAGCACUGUUCUUGCAAUGAGUGACUCUGCAUGCGAAGCUAGUGUUGCACUUGGGGCAUAUGCCCGUGUUUCAAAUCGUCAUUCUACUUUGACUUCUGAAUGUGGUUCCAUGCUUGAAGAGGUGCUUGCAAUAACUGAAGACCUACAUGAUGUUCACAGUCUAGGAAAGGAGGCUGCUGCAGUACAUCGUUCUCUUGUGGAGGAACUUUUGAAGGCAAAUGCAAUUCUUCUUCCACUGGAAACAGUUUUGUCCAAGGAUGUUGCUGCUAUGACUGAUGCUAUGGCUAGGGAAACAGAGACCAAGAUGGAAAUAUCUCCCAUUCAUGGACAAGCCAUAUACCAGUCGUAUUCCUUAAGAAUUAGGGAGGCUCGUCAGGCCUUAGAGCCUUUGGUGCCCUCCCUCACAUCAUCUGUCAAGGGGCUCUAUUCUAUGUUGACCAGGCUUGCACGAACUGCUAGUCUUCAUGCUGGAAAUCUUCAUAAAGCUCUUGAAGGACUAGGAGAAAGCCAGGAAGUGGAAUCACCACUAAUUGAUGUAUCGAGGCCUGAUCUUACUUCUGAUGCUACUGGAUUUGAUGAAAAGGAAGAGAGAGAGGACCUCUCUAUGUCAAACAGUGAAAGCAACAAUGAUUUUCUCGGCAUUACUGGACUUCCUUUGGAAUCUAAAGGAUGGUUAUCUCCACCCGAUAGUAUCUGCAGUAGUAGUACCGAGUCUGGCAUUACCUUAGCUGAAGAGAGUUUACCAGGUAGCUUCAAUGAUCCAGAAGAUAUAGGACAACAGCUUUUGCAUGGUCGUAGUAGCAGAGAGGGUACAGAUUAUCAAAACACUGCUCCUGACUCUAUAAAUGAUAGCCCAGAAAUCUUAGGUUCUGUACUAGGUUCUGUACAGUUGGAAUCAAAGUACACAGAGGUUGAUAACACUCAUAUUGGCUUUUUUAAGUCGAUACCUAGUGUCCCAAAGUCAACUCCUAGUGACCCAAAGUCAACACCAGGUGAUGAAUCUGCAGCUGUCUGUCCUGAUAUUUCACAUCCUUUGAAUGAGAACACAGAGAUGUUUGGGAGUAAAGAUGAAAUAUCCUCACUAAACAAGGCCAAAAUUAAAGAUGAAAGUCGUUCUACCCGAGUUGGGAGGGGUAAAAACCCUUAUGCAAUGUCGGUCUUAAGACGAGUUGAGAUGAAACUAGUUGGUCGAGACAUUGCUGACAAUAGAGAGAUUACUAUCGGGGAGCAAGUUGACUAUCUACUUAAGCAAGCCACGAGUGUUGACAGUCUUUGCAACAUGUAUGAAGGUUGGACACCAUGGAUUUGAACUUGUGAAGAUGGUCUGUUUAAACUACAUCAAGUCUUAUGUUUACAGAGCAAUUGACAGGGUCAGGAAUGUUUCGUGAACUCAUUCACUUUUGCCAUGAAUAAUCACACACUUCAGGAUGGAACUUUUUACCUCCUGGGCAAGCUUCAGCAAUCCGACUGUCUUUUGGCUUCAAAAUUUGAGGUUCCUGAUCAUUAAAUUCACCAUGAGGAUUGUUUUUGUGAGCAAUUGGCCAUGAAAGUCUAAUGGCCUCAUUAAUUGGCAAUAUUGAAACCUGCUCAGGCCUUUGCGCACCCUAUGAUGGUCAGCAGUUUAUUAGGCGGAGGACAUGGGGAGCCUUGGUAAAAUUACUGCUGCAUGCGAACCACUCUUCUGUUGUGAAGCUGAACUCGGUUUCCGAAAAGUAAAAGGGCAUGCUUAGCCGCCUUUACUGCUUUAAUUCCAUCAUAAAGUUUGGAGUCUGGGACGGACAACCUCACAGAGUAUUAUGCAACUAGAAUACUGCGGGAGGUUUGAGAAAGGUCAUUCCACAUCCACAGUACACCAUUGACAGUGCAAGGAUAAUUCAAUUCAAAGUAGUAUCAAGAGGAUAUUGAGUUCUUGGCAGCUUGCUGUCAUGGUGCAUCAUGUUCGUGGGUGCAUCUCUGUUCAAUUAUCAGUAUCUACGCACAAGGCCAACAUGGGUUCUGUAUCACCAAUUUUCUUACCGAUGUUGUCUAUCUCAUUGGGUAGGCAAUCAGUUUACUUUUCCGCAGGUUGUGUUUCAGGAGGUGCAGGAUCCUACCUCUGCCGGAAUACCAAAUGAACAAGACUGACAUGAAACGUUUAAUUCAGAUACAGUUAAAUGGGCUCCGUUGUCGACCGGAUUUUAUUUUUUAUUUGGAGUUUUGGCCCGCUGUGAAACCGACUUUUCUUUUGCGUAUUACCUUCCAAAUUUGUGUGUAUCCUUCUAUUUGCUGGUAAGCAGGAGAUAUGAAACUAAAUGACGCAGCAGUAUUUUCUUCCCAUUUACUUGAGUUUUUCCACACAUGAUACGAUGUAUAUCUCACCUUUUGAAAACGAUGCCAUAUCUAUGAAAUAUUGAUUCUAUAGUGUUUUGAAAA